AAAUUUAUUACCAGCAUCACUCAAAAAAAGUCUCUUAAAACUCUCACAGACCACAAACUCUCUCGUCUCUCCACAUUUUCUUUCAGAUGGGUUCGGCGAGAUUAACGUCGGUGUUGCUACUGGUUGCUAUUGUUCUGGGGUUAAGUUGUAGACAUAUAGCGACGGCCAGGCCACUUUUGGAGACAGAGCAGCAACAACGGCCGGCGCUGAUUAUACAGUCGCUGCAAAGGGGACCGGUGCCACCGUCUAAAUCGUCGCCGUGCGGUCAUGUUCCCGGCCGUGGGAGUGGUCGGUGCCCGUUGAACGAGAUGAACGUAGCCGGGUUCGGCCUCUUUGGAGUUCGGUCGCAUCCAGCACCGGCCGGUGAUGUUGUCGUCGACUCGUCGCCAUGGAGGUCGCCGCCGUCGCUAAAGCCAACUAGUUACUAGCUCAUUAAUAUUUUUUUUUUCAGCUAGACAUACCUCAGCGUGUAGCAUUAAUUUCUUGAUUUUUUUUUUUGUUGUUGUUCCGAAGGAACCAUGUGGAUUGGUCGCGAAAGAGAUGCAAAGAAUAUAUAUAAUUGUUACAUUCUGUACUUUACACAAGUUGAUCAAUAUUACUUGUUAUACUUAUACAAACGAGAUCUGUUCAUUAAUCUUCGUGGAACAUGAACUAAGCUUAGAUUCGUAUUUAAUAUAACUAUGAAAUAUAC